UGUGCUAUAUAUUGAAUGUCGCAUGUAGAGAGAUUUCUCUCUUCGACACAAUGCACCCAUAGCUAGCUUUAGCUACUUCCUUCUAGCCGUGCUGAUGAAGUAGGCUAUCACAGACCCUAACAUUGAAGAGCGGAAAUUUGCAUUUUGACAACCGAAAGAACCUCAAGGACGGCUCUAGACUUACCUACCAGACGAGAGAGAGAAACUGGAGUAAGGAGAAUGUCGCGGAUAUGACAACAUUUCCUUCACCACUGGUGCUCCCUGGCGACAAUAUUGCCCUAGAUGCGGACUAUCCUCACCAGAGCUUUGACUCCUGGCUUCGUGAAGAGGAUAGGAAUGAGAUUGCGUCUAGGAAGAAUGUUGUUCAUGUCGCUGCUCCUCCCGAUAUUCAGCCUGAUGUCUCAUUUAUCUAUCAAUGGGAUACUUCGCAAAUCAAGCGCGAUACAUCCGUUCCAACUCUAAAGGUUGAAGAUGUUUUGAAUUCUCUUGAAACAUUCUACCUUGGCUUGCCGGUCAAACUACAGCCAAAUCCAAUCCCGGUCUCUUUUACAAGCUGGGAAAGUGGUGGCACACGACGAGGUCCAAAGACCAAAACUAAACAGGAGGAACCCGAGUAUACCAGGUUUAAUAUCGAAAUAGAAUGCGUGCGAAUUCGAACACGUGCUGCACCAGACGAAAUUUUCCAACGACAGUUAAAACCUCGACGACCUUCUCGAUGCUGCAAUCAGCAUUCUGCUCAAAAAUGCGAACGCACUAAUAUUGAUAAACAAAACUUCUAUGAAAGCGCAGACGAUACCUUUGUCUGCGGUAGAGCUUACGGUGGAAGCCGUGUUGCAGUGGUUUCGGCCUCGAGAUAUAACCCGAUCCUAGAUGGCAAGCAUAAUGUCGACUGUGAACAAAGCUGACCAGCGUGACACUAUAAAGACUACGUUGUGAAGUCCUCCUGUACUGACACUUCAAGGCCCAAAAAGAGAACCAAGUUUUCAAGUUCAUCAAACCAAGAUAUCGCAUCCAAUGACGACACAUCAUCUCCCUUACCCGCCGCGUUGUUUGCACACAAGUCUUUACCCCCUCUCGACCUGCUGCCAACCACGACGCAAUUGGUAGGUCUCUGGCUAGGCUGCGUUCGCCGAACGGCGAGCCAUGAACUUUGCGACUGCUUUGGCAUUGAUUACUGCAUGUACUAUGCUUGCUCGAUGCAAGGAAGUACUCCGCUUCCAGAGGACGCGAGACAACCGCCGUACCUCUGGCCCGUAUAUCUCGCGAAAAUGCUGCAUGCACGGGUACGACUGCGAAAGAUCGCUAUCUCGCCCCCUCUAUCAUUCUGCAAAAGGCACGGCGAGAUACAUUUAUUCGCAACGUUUGCAGCGUGGAUCGCCAGUAGAUUAGACAGGAUAUGAAGUUUGGCAUGGAUUUUUCACCCAGUGGUCGUGUGUUAUAUCUUCCUUUAGAUUCCAGACCACGAUUCCCCCCCGAGAUUUAUGGGUCAUAUAUUCCGUAUAUCGCAUCCAGUUGUCAUCCCGACGAAUAUGUUACAACUUCUAUAGAGUAUGGCCCGUGAAUAGUAUUAUUGUAGAUGCCUCCUAUAGAUCCCGAAGGGAGAUAUCAGAAUUGCGAUCAGGCGAAGAAACACAACAAAUUUAUUGGACGGGUUCCUCGAGGCAAUUUCAAAAUCCCAAGUCCAUGGGUGGGAUAGCACAAUUAUUUUUAUAAUGAUAAUAGGUCACUGUAGCUUCUACUCUGUUAUCCCACAGAGCGACCCGAGGUGGUAUUUCGGUAUCUCAUGCAGGACUCCGGGAGGUAAUAAAGGCCAAAGCUGAAUAUAGAUGAGAAAGAACACAAGAGGUAGCGAGAAGUAGAGCAAUACACAAACAAUAUCUCGCGCCUCCACCAUUUUGUAGCCACCCAACUCCGUAUUCUUUCUGCUGCCAUCCCCCCAAACACCAGGAAAGCACAUUUCCAAAGAGAAUGCUUAAAGUUAAUCGAGACAGGAUAUAUCUAGUAUCAAAUACUAGAAAAGGUACUCUUUGAAUAAAGUCCUUAAAAACGACGGACGAAGCCGCCAGGCAGGACGGGUUAAGAAACAGCAUGGUCAUCAGAGUUAGGAAGCGUAUAGAUAGAAUAGGAAACUAGAUAGAUGGAAAUGGAAAGCAAAAAUGAC